CUGAAGCUCCUCUCUUGCAGACGUCAGUGUUGACCCUCUACGUCAAGAUUGGGAAUAGCGAAAGAUAUAUUAUAGGCAUUUUUAAGAGUUGGCAAUGGCUCCGGCAGCUUGUGCCCAUCGAUUGAUCUUUCGUAGACUGAUUUUUGGCAACAAUGAAGUCAGGAGAAGCCUCAGUUUUCGGAAAGUUAGGCAAGUUUAUCAAACGUUAUUAGGCAGAGAUACGGUGCAGCCUCCAUAUCACCAUAUCUGUCAAGCUGGCGACCCUGUCUUGAGGGCGUGCGCGUCGCCGGUCGACCCAGAAAUCACCACGGAAAAAGUAUUUCAAAAGUUGCUGGAUCAUAUGAAAGCCGUAAUGAGACAUUACAACGCUGUUGGCUUGGCAGCACCUCAAGUAGGAGUUUCUUUGCAAAUUUUUAUGGCUGAGUUGACGGAAAAGCAACUAAAAUAUUACGAUUCCGAUACCAUAAGAGUACGGGAAAUGAAACCCUUUCCACUUCAAGUGUUUAUCAACCCAACUUUGAAAGUCCGUGAUUAUUCGGUACUGAAGUUUCCGGAAGGGUGUGAAAGUAUUCGCGGUUUUGACGCGGAGGUUUCAAGAUCCAGAGCUGUUACAGUUUCGGGUCUCGAUGCCAAUGGCAAACCCGUUACCUGGGAAGCGGUGGGAUGGGCUGCUAGGAUCGCCCAACACGAGAUGGACCACUUACGAGGUGCGUUAUAUGUAGAAAAAAUGGAUCCAUCUACUUUUACUUGUACCGCAUGGCAGAAAAUAAAUGAAAAUCACGGUAGAAUGGAAUUGCGAUACUACAAUCGAAAAGUGUAGAAGCAUCGUAUUAUUUGACUAGUUGUUGAAAGAACGCGAUUAUGAGUCCCACUUGAAAGUUCACUUUGGUACGAUCAAAUUGAAUUGAAGUUGAGCUAAUUCAAGCCUGAGAAGUAGAAGUGUAAAAAAUAAUAGUUUUUUUUUUUAAGUCAUCUACCGAUGUAACUCCAAAGUAAUUGACGAAUAAAGUAUUUUAAUUUGCGCAGGUAUUGAACAGUCGAUUGUUUCCGUCGACAUCGUUGUUUUUCUAUCGAUUAAAUUAUUGCGACGAAACUUAAAUAUAAAUAUAUUACAUUACUUGGUGGAAUUAAAAAAUAAGAUAUUUUAUUGAUGCAUCUUCCAGGAUACAGUCAUACAGUACACGAUAUUUGAUUAAAAUGCGAUGUACAACUUACGCUAGAUAGUCAGGUUUAUACAAAUUCAAAUCAUACCGUGGUAUUAAUAGUUUUCGGAAGGGUAAGAAAUUAUUGUUGUGCUGAAAUUUCAAUCUUUCAAUUUUCUUACGAAUACUUAUUUUUUGUUUUCGCAGUCUUACGAGACUAAUUUCAAUUUUCGGGUUAUAUAUUUUUUCAUUAGGUUUUUUUCUUCUUUUUUUUUUACAAUUCUACGAGGAAUACGAUACCAGAUAGUGAUCAAUUCACGUAACAAAUAUAUAUACUUACACGUGUACGGACUUAAUUCAACCCUUUACUUAUACCCUUAAAAAAGGAUGUUGUUUUAGAUGUCGCGUCGGUAAAUUGUUUGCUGAUACACUUAUGUACUAAUAAUUGUGAGUAUACAAUUUAUUAUACGCUAAAAUUUAUAAUAAAGUAGGUUUGACAUAUGUAAUUACCGAAUGCCAGCAGUCGGUUCAUUCUGUAUCAUCCAUUCGAGAUUUACGUUUAUUAUUCGGUACAACUGGAUUGAAGUAAUCGACCCGUUCCUUUAAUCCGUUAUAUCAUUGGUUUUUAUUCUUUCCUUUUUGUUUUUCCCCAACUCAUCAGGCUCUUCUUAUAAAUCCUUAGAUAGACGUACCUGUAGAUCUAUUAAGAAAUAAUAAGUUCGUAUAAAAAACCGUUUGGUUGCGGUGACUGUAUAGAAUUACAAACUAUGGAUUACUUUAUUUGAUUGAGUAAUUGUGGUUAUCGAAUGGAUGAUAUGCUAUAUGAAAAUUCGAUUGAUCAUUCUUUGAAACGAUCACGUACUGUAUCCUGCGUAUGUUAUAUCUACCACUUAAUUGUCUUGUAUCAUAGUUUAAUCUUACGCUUACAAUUAUAUCUUUGAAUUCAUUUACUACAGAUUAGCAACAUUUUAUUUAUUUAUUUAUUUUUUUGUAAUUUCAUUUACACACUGAAUUAUUUAUUAAAAAGCGUUUGGUUUUCCCAGAGUAUUUUUGCUCCGCAGUAAUCGCUGAGAAUUUGUAUUGAAAAUUUUACCAAAUUCACUUGUGUUAUAGCCGUAUACGUAUUCCAUUGUACAUGAAAUUCUUUUAUAACGUUUACGUAAUAUUUUUUAGACGAUAAAAAAUAAAUGGACGUUACAUGUUAUUUGUUGAAAUGAUUUUGGGUGCAAGUCAAAAUUUAUUACGCAUGGGCCUUGGUUUCGCACACUAUACACGUAGGGAAAGGAUUAUUUGAGUCAAGUGACAUUCGUUUGAUCCAAUUAAAUGCUAUAGUCAAAUGCGGCGAACGCAAUACUUACUUUAUUCAAUAAAAUAUUUUUGUCGGACGAAAUACUUGUGACAACUUAAUACAGAAUUGAAUCAAUCCUUUUAAUGUUCAUGCUGACUGUCAAUUUAUUGAAGAUAACACGGCGUGAGUUCCUUGCGAUAAUGUGAAUCUUGUGUCAAGAAAAUGUGUAAUUGAAGUGACUGAUUGAACGCACUUCUAUCGUUUUGUCUUGAAAAUAUGAAAUUGCUGUAUUAAAACAAAUUAAGCUUGUUCUAAUACAUAUUUUUUCGAGUUGAGAGUUCAAUGGUUGAGGCCGAAGGUAGUUAUUCAAGCGCGCAAAACGUAUUCUUCGAAUGAUAUCAUUAAUAAUUCUUUUGACUAAAAAUUUUUGUGGGAUUUACUCGAUAUUAAUCGGUAAAACUCGAAACCUUGUUGCUGUAUACUUUGAAGUAAAAAUUGACCACGUGUCAAUAGCUUCUGUUUACUUGUCGUCAACAUUGAUUUCGAUGACUCUAAACUUGGUAUUGUUCUUCUUUCGUCUUUUCACAGGUCUGAUGACAAUUUUAUCUUUAUCCGUAUCUGAUUUCCUAGCCGACUACCCAGUUUUAUAACAAUCCCUGAAGAUA